GAUUUACCGGGCGCGCUUCCUCUUAAGAACAGGCUCUGAGUGAACAACAUCGCGAGCUCGAGCCUCAAAUAAAAUAUCAGAAAUAACAUCAGAUAAUAAUAUCAGAAAUCUGUGAAGAUAACAACACAACAUUAUGCCUCAGAACGAGCACAUCGAGUUACACCGUAAGCGUCAUGGAUACCGUCUGGACCACCAGGAGAAGAAGAGGAAGAAGGAGAGCCGUGAGGCGCAUGAGCGCUCGCACAAAGCCAGAAAGAUGAUCGGCCUCAAAGCCAAACUCUACCACAAACAGAGACAUUCAGAAAAGAUCCAGAUGAAGAAGACCAUUAAGAUGCAUGAACAGAGGAAGAGCAAACAGAAAGAUGAUGACAAGACACCAGAAGGGGCGGUGCCAGCUUACCUGCUGGAUAGAGAGGGCCAAUCGCGUGCCAAAGUUCUCUCCAACAUGAUCAAACAGAAGAGGAAGGAAAAGGCUGGUAAGUGGGAGGUGCCUCUUCCGAAGGUCCGAGCUCAGGGUGAGACGGAAGUCCUUAAAGUCCUCCGAACUGGAAAGAGACAGAAAAAAGCCUGGAAGAGAAUGGUAACCAAAGUGUGUUUCGUCGGAGACGGUUUCACACGCAAACCACCCAAAUAUGAACGAUUCAUCAGACCUAUGGGUUUGAGGUUUAAAAAAGCACACGUCACUCAUCCAGAACUGAAGGCCACGUUCUGUUUGCCCAUCUUGGGAGUGAAGAAGAACCCCUCGUCCUCUUUAUACACCACUCUGGGGGUCAUCACCAAGGGAACAGUCAUUGAGGUCAACGUCAGCGAACUCGGAUUGGUCACACAGGGCGGAAAGGUCAUCUGGGGGAAAUAUGCCCAGGUGACGAAUAACCCAGAAAACGAUGGUUGCAUUAACGCUGUGUUGCUGGUAUAAUGGAAAUGAAAUGUUUAAAAUGGAACUGUGCAUCAGAGUACAGCUGGGAUCAGCUCUUCUGUGGAUUUCUGUUGUCAUCCUCUAAGGAAAUUGAAUAGUUCGGUAAAGGACAUGAUUUGGAGACAGCUGACCAUUUGCCUUGUAAUGGAGUUUCACCUCUGGACCAACACUCGCAAGAACACGUCGAUCAAAAAAUAAAGUGCUGUUUAUUUUCAAAUAAAAUGAUCAAUGAA